ACGCGAUUAAUAUUUAAUACAAUUUUAAAGAUAAAUAUAUGAAUGUCUCGUGAAUUACUAUUAAUUUUAUUGUAAAUUAGAGAAUAUUUUCUUUGUUAAGUUUUUCUUGAAAGUUAUGUUUCUUUUGAAAGCUAUGACUUAAAUUUAGUGAACAAAAUGAUUAAUCUAAAGACAUUAUUUAGACUAAUACUUGUCUCACAGGAGACAAUGAUUAACUGGUGUAUAACAAUGGGUUUAUUAUUAGCAACUAAAAAGUGUCCCAUUUGUGACAACGAAAUGAAGAUAAUUGUCAAACAAUUAUCGUACCGGUGCCACCAAAAGCAUGGACAACCUCAUGAUUAUAGACUAAGUGCUUUGAAUAAUACGUGGUUUUCUGGAUCAAAGUUUAGCAUUGAAAACAUAAUAAUCUUGACGUACCUGUUUUCGGUCGGCACAACAAAAUAUGAGGACAUUAAACGAGAAACAAGUGAUUUAACUAAAACAACAUCUCAUAACACUAUAAGUGAUUGGCUUAACUUUUGUCGAGAAGUGGUAUUUGAUUGGGUCGAAAAAUAUCAAUCAGUUGAUCUCUUAGGAGGAGAAGGUAGUAUAUGAUACAUAUUUAAUUAUGCACGUUACCUAAACCUAAUUAUAAUGGUAAUACCAAACUGAUAGUGUAUUAGUGUUUGCUCUGUUACCUAACCUGGAGUUCCGACCGCAACCUAAACCUAAUUAUAAUGGUAAUACCAAACUGAUAGUGUAUUAGUGUUUGCUCUGUUACCUAACCUGGAGUU